GGCGGUUUGGUGAGCUGUUAGAAAUGGAUUGGAAGAUAUAUAUUUCGCCUUUCCUCUCCAUUUUCUUGACCUUAAUUCAGAUAACUCUUGCAGAAUUAACACCAGAAGAAUGCAGAGACUUAGGAUUUUCAGUGAAUCUCAUCUGUAGCUCAUGUGACGAGCUAAAACCUUUCAAUCUCACAUCCGAACCUUCGUUAGAGCAGAAUUGUCGAAAAUGUUGUCAAGCUGAUGGCCAGGAAGAAGCCACGAAGAGAUACGCUUUUGGUACUCUUGAAGUGUGCAACUGAAAGCUGGGGAGGUUCCCUCAGAUACAGGCCUUUGUCCGUAGUGACAGGCCUGAGAAGUUCCCUAAUCUUAGGAUAAACUUCGUACGAGGAGCCGACCCUGUUUUAAAGCUUCAUGAUGAGAGUAACGAGGUGAAAGAAGUUCUAAGCAUUGAGAAGUGGAACACUGACAGUGUGGAAGAAUUUCUCAAUGAGAGACUUGCAAAAUAAAAUUAUUUAGUUAUUAGAAAAAUAUAUAAUGAGAAGAAACCUUGUACAUUAUGAUGAAAACUUCAUGUAAAACCAUGAUAGGUGUAUGAAGUUGGAGGAAAUUGUGUCCAAAGGACUUCUUUAAUAUUUGUUGAAAAAAAAAAA